AGAUUCUCUCUCUCUUUUCUACGAGAAGAUCACACACUUUUAUAACAGUCAUGAGGAACUAUAAGUUCAGAUUUUCAGCUAUGAUCCCAAGUGAAUGGCUCCACAAGCUCAAGAACAUGACCAAACCCAGAAAAAAACAUCCUCGUCCUUCUUCUUGUUCCUUAAACACUACCAAGAAAACAAAAGCGUCCUCUGAGUCUAAUAAGUCUCUUCCUCACUCUUCAAGAACUUACUUCUCCAGUAGAUCACACACUUCCUUAGAAUCUAAGAUCCUUCAUAAUUCACCAAGAAACUCUCUUCACGUGAUAGAGAGCAAAAGAAAGACUAUUUACAAGCCUUCUCCUCCUCCCUCUUCUUCUGUAUCUGCAGGCUUUAACAAGAAGAAGAUCAACUUUCCUCCGAACCAAGAUUCUUCUUCCUCUGCUUCUUCCAACGUCAUCGACAUGAAUAGCAGAGAUUUCAAGAAGAGAAUGUUCAAAGAGAUGAAGGUGUUUGACUCAACAGAGAAAGCUUGUCCAGCAAGUAACCGAACCAAGACAUCGCGUAAACCUCAUCAUCUUUCAGUUAAGGUCAACAAUAAAGAGAAAGAAGAAGCGUGUAGGAUCAAAAAGAAUGUUUCUAACGGAAGAAGAUCAUCAUCAAACUCUCCAAGGAUAAAAAUCAAAGUGAAUUCUCCUAGGGUUCAAGUCCCAGCGCGUAGAAGCAAAUCAAGAUCGCAGAACAAACAAGUUCUUGAAAGUUUCGCAGUGAUCAAGAGCUCUCUUGAUCCGAAGAAAGAUUUCAGAGAAUCAAUGGUGGAGAUGAUAGAAGAGAACAACAUCAGAGCUUCACAAGACUUGAGGGAACUGCUAGCAUGUUACCUUUCAUUGAAUCCAAAGGAGUAUCAUGAUCUUAUCCUAAAGGUUUUCGUUCAAGUAUGGCUUGAAGUCAUAAACUCUAAAGUUGCGUCAAAGUAAAAAACAUGUUAUUGUUUUAGCUAUAAUUAUCUGUUAAAAAACAGUUGUUCUUAUUAAAGAGUGUUAUAUAAAGAGUGUUUAAACUAACUUGUGUGGACAUUAUCUUUGCAAGACCAGUUUUGUGUUUUGUCUGUUUAACGUAAUAAAGAUAGAUCGAUCACUCGUUUUAUUGUCGAUGGAUGUGAUGUGAUGUGUGAGCAUAAUGAACUUACACUUAUUCAUAAUUGAGCAUUUUAACAAAACCAGCAACAUACCCCCAGUUCUCACGAGUCUAUACCAAAACAGAAGAUUUGCUUAAAACAACAGCUUUUUGCUUUUUUUUUCAAACGUUAAAAGCAAUUUAAAGUAUUUUUAGAAGUGAAUUACAAAUCAAAGACUUUUACAAUUCUACUUAAAUGCAGUAAUGAUUUUAAAAAAAAGUCUCCAAAGGAAAAAGCAAUAACUAACUGUAGUAAGAUUAAACUUUGGAUUAUAUUAGGAUUUGAUCGAGUUUUAGCCAUAGUUAUGAAAAAAGCCAAGAGUGUAGUGACAAGAAGCACACGGAGACAAGUCAGAAAGCCAUCGAGUACCGAGUAGCGAUGGGUUCCUGUCCUAAUGAUAAAUGAAGCAGGAAACACGAAAAUAGAACCUGAAGAAGAGAUAAUCGCUAGAGAGAGAAAGAAACACUGACACAAGAAAGGAUAUGAUUAAAGAGGAAAAGCAGAGAGAAAGUCUCAAAACCUAAAGGUAUUGUUGCAAAGAAAAGAAGAUGGGAGGAGGGAGGACCACUGUCUUGUUGCUGUUUCCCAAUGCCCAUCUCCUCCAACCUCUCAAUACAGUUAGUACGGUAUGGCCAUCUUUUUUUUUUGGGUAUUCAUCAACCACAAACAAUAACGUUUAAUAGAUAUUUGCAUUGGUGCCACUACUUGUUCCAAGUAAGAAUAAUGUUCGUUAGGUUUAACCAAGCCAAUAAAAACCGAAAUGAACUGCUCCUAGAUUGAUCAAGGAACCUAGUUUACUUAAACAAGCAGAGUCACUAGAUAUUAUCAUCAUCAUAUGUACAAAUUCUCAAGGGUUUAAAAGAAGGCGACAAAAUGUUACCCAUCCUUUUACAUUCCAUAGAUGCCACAACACAUCUUUGUUCAGCAUUUUGUUAAUCGUCAGCGCAAAAGAGGUCUGAUGUCUUUUUCUCAGUUCCUAUAAGCAAAAACAAAAUUAAAAUUAAAUUAAAUGAAUUGUGUAAUAAUAAUGAGACAGACAUGUAGGAGUUGGCAUGGCUAAAGUAAACAAGGACGAUCAUCAUCUAUUUGAAAAACCAAUACCCUAAGCUCAUAGGCUCAACUAAUU